AUGUUGAGGGAGGAAUUUUUAAAGGAGGUAGCAGUUGUGGAUCCUACUUCAUGGAUUGACAAGGUGAACUUGAAUGCUCGGGUGGAGUUGUUCAUAUGGAGAAUGUGCAAAGAUGCUGUACCUACAAAAGAUUAUUUGAUGAAGAGUAAGCUGGCUAUCAGUAAUAUGUGUACAAGAGGAUGUGGGGAGGUUGAGGAUGUAGAUCAUGUGACCACUAAUUGCCCAAAGAUGUUAAAGGUAAUUAGCAUAUUGAUAAAUGGGGAUUUUUUUAUUCCAAUAUUCAAUUCUUUUCACCAAUGUAUGGAUGAGCUAAAAUCAUUGUCUGGAAUGAAUUCACUGAUGGCGAAGAUGUACUUCUCCAUGUUAUGGUACUCUUGGAGCAACAAGAACAAGUCUAAACAUGUGAAGGUAGAAGACAGUGAAUCAAUAAUUGCUGCCAAUGUUGUUAGCUUUGUUAGCAUUGAUAAACUGAUCAAGGUUCUUUCAAAUUACUGGGAUGCUGGUAUUAUUAUUGAUGGAGACAAUAAAAAUGUGAUCCAGGUUCUUCAAAAGGUGUACAACAAAGAGAAGAAAUUAAGUGGAAGCACUGAAGAAGCAGAUUGUUUGUCCUUGAAUUAUUAG